GGGCAUUAUAGGAAUAAUAAUAAAUUAUUAAAAAAAAAAGAAAAAAGGGUCCCAUCCAAUCAAAAUAAUGAUAAAUUAUAUUUCCGUCUUAUAAUUCCAGCUUUACAUUUCCGUCUUAUUCUUCUAUAUCCUUGUUCUUUACUUUCUCUCUUAGGUUUUCAGAUAUUCGUCUUCUGCCAUCUCUGAUCUCGAUUGGUAGUGUUCUAGAGAUCGAAUUGGAAGUGGCUAUAAUCCAUACACAAUAUGGCGAUGGAAGUAACUAUGAUGCUUUUGAAUGCGCAAUCGGUUGAUGGUACUGUGCGAAAGCAUGCAGAAGAAAGCCUGAAACAGUUCCAGGAGCAGAACCUUCCCAGUUUUCUGCUUUCUCUUUCUGGGGAAUUGGCGAACGAGGAGAAGCCAGUUGAUAGCCGUAAAUUAGCUGGUUUGAUCCUUAAAAAUGCAUUGGAUGCAAAAGAACAGCAUAGGAAGUUUGAGCUUGUACAAAGAUGGUUGGCAUUGGACUCAGCUGUGAAGGCUCAGAUCAAAUCAUGUUUGUUGCAAACCCUUUCUUCUCCUGUACACGAUGCUCGAUCAACUGCAUCUCAAGUCAUAGCAAAGGUUGCGGGUAUUGAGUUGCCACAUAGCCAGUGGCCUGAGUUGAUAGGAGCACUUUUGUCCAACAUUCACCAACUUCCACCUCAUGUGAAGCAGGCCACUCUUGAAACUCUUGGUUACUUGUGUGAGGAAGUUUCUCCAGAUGUGGUAGAUCAAGAUCAUGUAAAUAAGAUACUAACAGCUGUGGUUCAGGGUAUGAACUCUUCUGAGGGAAACAAUGAUGUCAGGCUUGCUGCGACCCGAGCAUUGUAUAAUGCUCUGAGCUUUGCUCAGGCAAAUUUUUCCAAUGAUAUGGAGCGUGACUAUAUCAUGAGAGUUGUCUGUGAGGCAACUUUAUCUCCCGAGUUGAAGAUACGGCAGGCAGCUUUUGAAUGCUUGGUCUCUAUUUCAUCAACUUAUUAUGAGAAGCUAGCUCCUUACAUACAGGACAUUUUUAACAUCACUGCAAAGGCAGUGAAAGAAGAUGAGGAGCCUGUUGCUCUACAGGCAAUUGAGUUUUGGAGCUCAAUCUGUGAUGAGGAGAUAGAUAUAAUAGAAGAAUAUGGUGGUGAAUUCAGUGGUGACUCUGAUAUUCCAUGCUUUUAUUUUAUCAAACAGGCACUUCCUGCUCUUGUUCCUUUGCUAUUGGAAACACUACUUAAGCAGGAGGACGACCAGGAUCAGGAUGAAGGAGCAUGGAACCUUGCAAUGGCUGGUGGAACAUGUUUAGGUUUGGUUGCACGGACUGUUGGUGAUGACAUUGUUCCAUUGGUUAUGCCUUUCAUUCAGGAGAACAUAACAAAACCGGAUUGGCGGCAGAGGGAAGCAGCCACUUAUGCAUUUGGUUCUAUAUUAGAAGGUCCGUCCCCGGAGAAGCUCACAUCUGUUGUUAAUGUUGCUCUUAACUUCAUGCUCAGUGCCUUGAUGAAGGAUCCAAACAACCAUGUGAAGGACACCACUGCAUGGACCCUAGGGAGAAUAUUCGAAUUCCUUCAUGGUUCAACUAUGGAGACACCAAUUAUUACCCAUGCAAACUGCCAACAGAUAAUCACAGUUCUGCUUCAGAGCAUGAAGGAUGCUCCCAAUGUUGCUGAGAAAGCAUGUGGUGCUCUAUAUUUCCUUGCUCAAGGUUAUGAGGAUAUAGGCUCGUCAUCCUCCCCAUUAACACCCUUUUUCCAAGACAUGGUCCAAGCUCUUCUAACCGUGACACACCGAGAAGAUGCUGGAGAAUCACGCCUCCGAACUGCUGCUUAUGAGACUUUGAAUGAAGUUGUGAGGUGUUCAACGGAUGAAACAGCCCCGAUGGUUAUGCAACUAGUUCCUAUAAUUAUGACGGAGCUCCACCAAACACUGGAGUCACAAAAACUCUCUUCUGAUGAAAGGGAAAAGCAGAAUGAAUUGCAAGGUCUUCUUUGUGGGUGCUUGCAGGUCAUGAUACAGAAGUUGGGAGGCUCUGAGCCAACAAAGUAUGUCUUCAUGCAGUAUGUGGACCAAAUGAUGGGUCUCUUUUUGAGGGUCUUUGCUUGUAGAAGCGCCACAGUGCAUGAGGAGGCUAUGCUAGCUAUUGGAGCAUUGGCUUAUGCUACAGGCUCCGAUUUUGCAAAAUAUAUGUCAGAGUUUUAUAAGUACCUGGAAAUGGGUCUUCAGAAUUUUGAGGAGUACCAGGUCUGCGCCAUCACAGUUGGUGUAGUUGGUGACAUAUGCAGGGCAUUGGAGGAUAAAAUACUGCCUUACUGUGACGGGAUUAUGACACAACUCCUCAAGGACUUGUCCAGCAACCAGUUGCACCGUUCCGUGAAGCCUCCAAUCUUCUCAUGCUUUGGUGACAUUGCCCUGGCAAUAGGAGAGAAUUUUGAGAAGUACUUACUGUACGCCAUGCCCAUGCUCCAGAGUGCAGCAGAAUUAUCAGUCCAUGCAUCAGGUGCAGAUGAUGAAACAGCAGAGUACACCAAUCUUUUAAGAAAUGGGAUUUUGGAGGCAUACUCGGGAAUAUUCCAAGGUUUUAAGAACUCUCCAAAGACUCAGCUACUGAUGCCUUAUGCCCCUCAUAUCCUUCAGUUCUUGGAUAGCUUGUACAUGGAGAAAGACAUGGAUGAUGUGGUGAUGAAGACGGCAAUAGGAGUCUUGGGUGAUCUAGCAGACACAUUGGGUAGUAAUGCUGGUCCUUUGAUUCAGCAAUCUGUGUCAAGCAGAGACCUUUUAACUGAAUGCUUGUCCUCAGAUGACCAUUUGAUUAAGGAAUCUGCCGAAUGGGCCAAGUCGGCCAUCAGUCGAGCCAUUUCUGUUUGAUACAGCUGCAUCGGUAUAUUCUUUCUUAGAAGUCCCUGCAUGCAUUCGGGUGUGUUGAGUUGGGGUCUGGGAUUACAUACGAUGUGUCAGGUCAUCGCCAGUUUCGCAUGACGAGUCAGGGUUGGUUGGGGGGGGGGUUACUAACUCUUGCAUCAGCACCAUAUGGAGUCCGGUUUGUUUUUUCUUCUCAUUGAGGAAGUGGGUGGUGAUGGCCCACAAACCUCUGCUAACUUCGCAUAAAUGGGUGAAGACCUCUCUUACAGAAGGGAAGGGAAAAAGAAGCUGACUGUAUGGGAGGAAUCGGGGGUGGGGUGGGGAUGUUAGCUGUGAUCUGUGAAAGCUUCACAGAUCACAGCUCUGAUCGUAUUGUCAUUGCUAUUAUGUCCACACUGGUUCUGCUUGGAUCACAUCUUUAUGAGGGACCCCAUCUCACCCAGCUAAUACCAUCUUCCAAUGGGCAAGCAAUCAAGAGAGCUGUUUCAAAUGCCCAUUAAUUUGUUCGGGUCUUGCAGCACUCAGUGGAAUUAUUCCCUAUAUAUAUAUAUAUAUAUGUAUUUUUUAAUUAUUCCCCCCUGUACUUCCUUUUUUCCCAAAAUUUUGUAUUUGAGUCUUGCAUUGUUUCAGGUUCUGUUUCUUGCAGUCGGGGUGGGUCAUGCCAGAUAUUUUCCUUGCUUUUUCUGUAUACUUGGUUCAUUAUGUGGGCUUUGGAUUUCCCACAUGGAAUUUGUCGCAGUGGUAUGGGGCAUUUAUAUUUUGCAGCAAUGAUAUUUCAUCAUCAAUUAUUACAGGUGCUUUUUUAA